AUGCCCGGGUAUGAGGGUGAUGGGCCUCUCAUGAACCGUGAACUGGACUUGGUGGGCCAAUACAACCAGAUCCAUAAUGGCCUGGGCUGGUUGGGACUGGAAGACGGGCCCGAUGGUGAUGAGCUUAGCUUGGCGGACCAACCGGUCAAGUGGGCUGAACCAGAGUUGGACCAGAGGGGGCCAGGCGGGCCGAGGAGGGCAACCGAACCGGGGGGCGGACCGGAAUCGGGCGGACAGCGGCUGACCGGGUCGAGUUGA